AUGAGAGCCGGAGAAAGUGCGGCAGAGCCACAGGGGUCCAAACCGAGUGGCAGCACUGCUCCCAAAAUGGCGGAGGCAGCGUGCUCCCUAAGUCCUGGAGGCAAAAAGUCCGAUAUAGAGCUCCGGCUGGACCAGACUUUCCACGCAUUCUGGGCGAGGUUAGAAGCACGCCUACACCCCAUAGCCCCGGAGAGCAAGCCUGAAGCCUCACCACAAAGUCCCCCUAGUAAGGCUGACCGAAAGACCGCUCACUUACCUCAAACACCAAUCCGCAUCGGAAGACAGAACAGGCAGGAGCCCGCCAUGAAGGUGGUAAUUAAGGGCUUCUCGGAAGGCAAAAAGCACCUGAAGACAACGCCCACUACCCCCAACCCAGAAACAAGAGUCUGUCUCCAAGUGGCAUGGCUAGCCCAAGCUGCAGAUCAUCAGUACAGGACUGUGCUUUGCCCAUACAAGGAGUGGGUUAAUCGGGAUCAUGGGAGUGAGUCCAACCUUUGA